AUGGAUCAACCAACAUUAUCCUCGGACGCUCCCGACCGCGCUGCCUCGUCUGAGCCUGGCCCUACACGACUCAACCCCUUCGAUGAAGGACCCUUAUCAUCUCGUAAGCGACGACGCACAUCCCACUCCGGCUCGCCCAGCCUGUCUGCUGAGAGUCCGGCCUCCGAUCAACACAUGACGAGCUCUGGUACCAUCGACCAGGGCGAUCAUCUGGGACAGGUUGACCACGCUCAUGCCAUGCAAGUCGACACUGCUUCGGCUGAACCCCGUACCCCCGAACGACAAUCAUCUGGUGCUGGCCCUCUGAGCGAGCCACCUUCAAGUCGAGUCACGACAAUAAAUCUGCGGAACCAGCCUCACAGUGACAUCAGUUCCUCCUCGCCCGUCUCACCUCACCCGGGUCACGACAUUCAGCAGCUCGAUGACCUUCAUGGGCAGCUGGAUGGAUCAGCCGACGAUGCCGAGAUCGCAAGCAACCGCAUACCGUUACCCGCCGAGGCGGAUAACACCUCGACCUCAUCAGCCGCCAGCACCGCCAGCUUAGACGCAGAAACAGGUAUUGGCGAUUUCGCCAAUCCCAUCUUCAGCUUCCCUUUUCAUGACCAUGCCGAGCCACUUCCGGCAGCAGUUUCUCGCCUCGUUCAAUAUUUUCAGACUGCCAGUUCAGGAGAAGAAAGCGUUCUCUCCCAGCUCUGUCGAUGGGUUGAGCUGUGCAUCAACUUUUUCCGUCGCAUUUCUGCACAAGAGACUCUCGGAUACUUUCAAUCUCAACCUGCAUUUUGGUAUGCUCUCCCAGAACUAUUCUUCAGCAUUGCUCUGAAACGGUCACUUUACCCGAGGAACAGCGUCCUGCGGGCGACCGCCAGCCUAGUCAUCAACGGCUUUGCCCAUUUCACUGGGCUCAUCACCGCCGUUGACCUAGAGUUUCUUACCAGCUGUCGCGCGAUGAUGCCUCAGCUUGACGAGCACGAACCACCGUGUCCCAUCUCGGCAUCGCUUGUAUCAGGAGUGAACCGAAUCGCUCGCCGAGACCAAAUGCGGCGACACAACUCUCAGGUUGCAGACGUUGAAGCACAGCGCGACCUUUUUGACGAGCGUGCUAUGCUUCUGCGUGCUCUCCAGGCCUCCACAGGUGGACGAAUAGGUUGCCUCCUCAAGCUCGCCCAGACUGAAGUGGCUCUCAUCAAGAAGUUCCCACAGAUGAUUGAACACCUCGGGCCAGUCUCACAAUUGGCCGCCCUCUUGAUCUCAGAAGCAGCGCGAGCUCUGCGCAACCCGGCCAACCCGAAUAUCAAUGAGUUUCGCUCUUAUCUGACCAUUGGUUUUCAAUUCUACCAGAUUGUGGCAGAUGCCCUGUCAUAUAUCAUCGAGAAGCACGUCACACAGCUCAACCUUGAUUCUGCUUCCGUACUGCUGAACUCUUUGACCGAGAUUCUUAAGACAAGCCUUGGUGGGGAGCAUCGACAGGCCAAAGACCGCCUCGACCUGCACGCACAAAAUCAUCCGGGGCUACCUGCCCACUACACCGCCGACGCCAUUGCUUGUGAGUGGCGUCUGGAUAUUAUGGCCAGCCUCAUACGAUGCAGCCAGAUGCAGCUGCGCGUCAUGGCGGUCACUCAGAUGGGUUCCGAGUUGGUUCAGCUAUGGAAGCAACAUAGCGAGGACCUGAUCCCGAACGAGCUCCUGACCCACGUCGCCCAGUACAUCCUACAUACUGAGCUGGUUGAUUACACACUUGGGUCAAGCUGCCAUCCCGAGAUCACCGGCGAGAGCGGCAAUAUUGUUGGGUUUCUAGCCGUAACGAAACUCUAUUCUAACGAGCAGACUGAUCUUCUUUGGAGUACCAUGACCAAAACUCAGAACCCUCGGGUUUCGGACGCCCUCCUCCGCAUGUCAGAACCGGUUCUCAAUCUACUUGAUGUGGACAGGCUGGUAUAUUUGUGCGAGAAGUUCCAGACCUUGCCUAUUGAUAUGUUCACGCCCAAUCUGCGAACGAUUUGCGAGAGGACUCUAAAGUGCAUCGCACACAAAUGCCGGCAGGAAGGCUCACAACCCAACUCUCUUCUCCUCAAAUUAUGCACUCGCUUGCUGCGCGAGUCAUCGGAGCUGGCCGGUCACUCACAUUUCGCGCACCCCGAGCUUCAUCAAAUUGCCAUCACGCGGCUCAAAGAUCUGAUUGUACUCGGCUUGGAUCCACAGACGCGCCAAGAGAUCAUGGCUGAGUGCGCUAGGGACAUAGCAUCGGCAUCAGACACGACUUUAGGCAGCCUAUGGUGUGUGGCUACUCUAAAUCGUCCAACUGCUACGGAUCUAAGGGAGGCUGUGGCGGAUUAUGACUUGACACGCCUCCUCGUCGAAGAGCUCGAGCAUGCGAUAGAUGCAGGCAGGAAAGCUGGCCUAUCAGCUAUACUCAGCGGUCCCCAAAACAGCCCGCGGACUGACUUUCUGUACGGGAUCAUCGUUCACGAACCCUCAAGUCUUACGGAUGACCUGGGAGCUCGUCUCUGGGACGCUCUUGUCGGCCCUCGGGCGUAUUGUCCUGAAGACAGGGCCACCGCCUGGCGACUUCUCAACGCCAUUGUUGCUAAUAGCAAGCAAGAGAACCCAUAUAUCACACGGUGCUUCGCGGAGAUGCUUCAUGGACUUCCUCCCCAAUGCUUCUCGAACGGCGCCCUGCAGUUUGCGAAGUCUCUUCUUCUGCCAUUAGUGGAUGAGAUGACAGAGGUUCUUGAUGACGAGCAGGGUCUUGCACAGAAAGCGAUCGAACUCAUCUGGCACAUGAUGCUGCGCGUUGCCGACUCGGACUUGGUUGACUUGAUGAUCUCGAUACUGGUCAAGGAUGUCUACAUCGGAAGCAAGGCCAUUUUGGCCUACCCACACCACAGGGCGCGGGCGGUUCAUACACGCAUGGUCAACCGUUGCCUGGGCCAACUCGACGGCGCAGCAAGAGCAAUUGAGGCUCGUGAUUCUACUGAGGACGCACCGCACGAAGCCAACGACGACGAGCAUGCGCAGGCCCAAGAGCGAAUCUUCAUACGAUCUCUCGCACUGCUGCGCGAGUUCCUUAAGGCGCAUCAGUCAAACCCCCAAUUCGCAGCCCCCGAUCUUCGUUCCCUCAUGUCGCAAGUGCCAUGCACUGUGAAAGGCGAGCUUACCGACCUGCAAUACGAGUCUUAUGACGGUGGGGGCAAGUCCGACAUGUCGCCUCUAGAAAUCGGAGCCGACAACACAGUGGCAACGCUACUGGCGCGCCUGCGAGAAGUCACGGGAUUUGAUAACUACCGUGUGUAUCAUCACGGCAAGAUUUUUGCCCCUGAUGAGGAUGAAAUUUCUCGCUCGCUCAAAGAUAUCGGCAUGACAACGGGCCUGCUGUUGGUCAAGCGAGAGGAACCGCUCGCUAGCGAGAUUUUCCAUUUCCUCGUCAACCUCCCCGUCGAUGCUAAAAUCUUGAAAGCCAUCGAUUCAACUGCAACCACUCAUCGUGACAUAUUUCCGAAAGGACAGUGUCACAAGUCUAUAUAUGCAGUUUACGCUCUGAAGGAGUAUCUCAAAUCGGCGCGUCGCAAACAGGCCGCUGCUGUCAGUUCAGGGCGUGACGACGAUCGCGGCGAAGAUGUCCUUGCCAAGGCCUUGACUCGGUCUCAAGCAUUAGUAGUGGCCGCUCUUUCAGAUCGCGAGGCUCUGGAUGACUGCUCCUCCUCCCACAAAUUAUUUCUUUGCCAAGAGUUGAUAGGCCUCUACCUUCACAUCCUGCAGGAUUCGUACUUGAUGCUACCGCUGGCGACGUCAAUGACCACCGCACCCGUAGCAUGUCUUGUUGACAUUUUGGUCUUUGCUGUGGAUUCGUCACGCAAUGAGGCUACGGUUGACUUGAUCACGAAGACUUUCGCCUCAAUCCUUCUGUCAUCAACUACCGACGUCGAAUUCUGGAUAUCCCUUCAGCAGUAUCACGGCAUUGCUGCCCUGAUUGAGAGACUUGUCUUGCAGGAGCCAUCGCCUUACGUUCGUAUGGAGAUUGUCAAAGCAAUAAACACGAGGAGCACAGAUUUUGAGAGCCUGGUGCCCCGAGCCAUGGAUCUACCGCAGAGUUGUAAUGAAUUUUUCAUCUUGACGCAGUUGAUUCUCAAGAAACUCCUGGCCCUACAAUCGACAGUCGUGCGUGCAAAUGAGCUUGUUCAUGACUGCAUCAUAGCCUUGACAGGGCACGAGACGUCUGAGCCAGCGGGUUGCUCAGGCUUCUUCGCUGUUGUCUCAAGGACGAACAGAUACUCGAAAGCUGUUCGUUCGCUCCGUAAGACAACCUUGCAUGAGGAUCACAAGCUUCGUACUAACGAUCGCAGCGGCUUGAUUAAUGAGUUGUUCUGGAGACAUCUCUUUCCCCCUCCGCGCCGGCGGACGACGCAGCCUACACCUCGAUCACUUUUGUCCCCAUCAUCCCGCGAAAUGUUGUGCGAGACACUUCUCGAUAUCGCGAAAGGAAAUCAGCAGCACAGAACUGAUCUUUUGAGGCAACUAGGAAAACUUGUGAUAUUCGACACUCGACCUGGCGCCGAACCGUAUCAAUAUGAGCUGCCGAUGAAUUUCGACCGGGACCAGGCCGUACGAGCAGAGUGUGGGUACGCAGGGUUGCGAAAUCUCUCCAACACCUGCUACCUCAACUCUUUGUUCACCCAACUGUUCAUGAACACGAACUUUCGUCGCUUCAUGAUGGAGGCCCCCACUGGAGGAUCUAACCAGGAGCUGUUGGAGGAGACGCAAAUCACAUUUGCCCACAUGCAGGAAACCAGUCAACGAUACGUCGACACCAGUCAAAUGGUGAGCUGGAUAAAGACCUACGAUGACACCAUGAUCGAUAUCCAUAACCAGAUGGAUGUUGACGAGUUCUACAACCUUCUGUUCGACCGGUGGGAGUCGCAAAUGGCGUCCGCAGGCAAAAGAAACGCCUUCCGUGCAUUCUAUGGUGGUCAACUCGUUCAGCAGGUCCGAUCGAAGGAGUGCGAUCACAUCUCGGAACGUCUCGAACCAUUCUCUGCCAUCCAGUGCGACAUUAAAGGCAAAACGACCCUUCUUGAUAGUCUUCGGGAUUACGUUGAUGGAGAGAUUAUGGAAGGAGAAAACAAGUAUAAAUGCUCGACUUGCGACCGCCACGUCGAUGCUGUGAAAAGGGCUUGUCUUAAAGACAUUCCCAACGAUCUUAUCUUUCACCUCAAACGUUUCGAUUUCAAUCUACGCACUCUCACGAGAAGCAAGAUCAAUGACUACUUCUCCUUCCCGAACAGAAUCGAUAUGCGGCCCUACACUGUCGACUAUUUGAACCAAGAGUCUCCGACAAGCGAGGAAGAUGUGUUUGAGCUUGUUGGCGUUCUCGUUCACUCCGGAACCGCGGAAUCUGGCCACUAUUACUCCUACAUUCGUGAACGGCCGUCGACUGCAGAUCAGGAGACCUGGCUCGAGUUCAAUGACGAGGCAGUAUCGACUUGGGACGCUGCACAGCUUGAGGCGGCCACGUUUGGAGGUCCCGACACGAAUCAGGUCAACGAUGCCAACAGCGUUGCCUACGACAAAUCUUACAGCGCCUACAUGCUGUUCUACCAACGCUCUUCUGUCCUGAGGGCAUCGCGGCAAGAGAUGCAGGCUCAAGGGUUAGUGCCACCGCUACAUGUUGACAUCAUUCCGGACCUGCAUGAAGUCAUCAAGAACAACAACACGGUGUUUCUUCGAAGGCAUUGUCUGUUCGAUCGCAAUCACGCCGUCUUUGCUCUCCAGUUUUUUGAAUUUAUGAUGUCUUUUAACAACGGCCAGUGCUCUCUUGAGCAUCAAGCAGAGCGGAGCGCCAUGGCUAUGCUUCUCGGACACCUAGAUCAAGUCGUUGGACGGAGCAAGACGAGCGUUCUCUUCCACAGAUACAAGACCAGCUUGCAGACACGAUUCCGGAACUGUCACAAAUGCGCAGAAGCGUUUCUCGACUAUUUUGUCGGGCGUCCGGAGGCAUUUCGACAAUUGGUGCAACGGAACCCCGAACCAUCUUACCGCCUCGCAACAGGCGACAUGUUGAUCAUUGCGCUUGAAGAAAUUCGAGAACACGACCCUGCCUAUUAUGGUCCGGAGGCGCCGCCAGCCGACGACGAAAUCCUCGUUCCAAACUCGGCAAUCGACGGUGCGUUGAUUCUGUUUCGAAAAAUCUUUGAGAAUUUUCAUUGCAACCUGCGUUCGUGGAACGAGUGCUUCCACUUGAUCUUGAGGUUCGCUGAGCUGGGCGACGCCGAAACAGCUGCUCUACUUCACGACGAUUGGUUGAAGGACCUCAUGUUCGUCAUCGCAGCUGACGCCAACUACCCGGGCCUGCCGGAGCAUUAUGUCAUGUUGGUUCGUGGUCUGUCUCGCAGGAUAUCUAACAAGCCUCCGUCAUACGAUGUGAUUAUCCAGCUCAUCAACCAUCUGAUGAAAGCCCUGGAGCCACUCGUGCAAGACGACAUGGUCGAGGAAGCAAACGAACGUCUCGCCCUUUAUCUAGAGGACCCGUCGCAGCCGCUCCCUUGGACUUCUGAAGAGGUUAAUGUACUGUUCGCCGAAGACAGGGACUACGGCGGCAGCUUCUUCAUUCGGCGACUCCUCGAGAUCGAUCAGGAGCAACAAGAUACUUGCGCCAUCAUUUGCCGUCUGGCCAAGGGUGACGAACACAUGCAGAAGUGCGUGACUCGAGUGCUUGGGAAUAUGAUUUCUGGCAAGGCUGAAAUGCACUCCAUGGUGCCUUUCCUGUGGGCGGCGCUGACGUUUGUCACCCACUGCAAUGAUCCGGACACGUCGCAGCAAGUACUGCAACACGUUACUCAGGCGUGCAGGGUGUUGGAGAACAACGAGGGGAAAUCGUUCCUUGACUUUUUCCAGCGAGCGAUACAAGCGCUGGUCUGCAUGCCGCUGGCAGAAGCCAAACCGGGUCUCAUGAUGCACCUGGAGCUGGUACCGCUCUGGGGUCCUGGGUUGAUCGGAUGUGUUGACAAGCGAUCUGCAAGCCUGGCUCAGCAGUGGAUCGAGGGCUUCCUCGUCAGAUACGAGACGCAAUGGGCACACGAGGACGCAGAAUUGCACGACAGGCUAGUCCAGGCUGCCAGGCAGCUCGGCGUUGGCUGCCUUCAGUACCUUCAGGAGCAGUACGUGCUUGCCGAGCGGCAAGUAGUGGGGUCGACGAUCGAGCCGCUGCACAAGAUGAUCGUCGCCAGCGAGGCGUAUUUUGAAAUAGACAUUGACGGCGGCGUGUCGCGGGAGGGGUUCCAUCACCUCAAGGAAGGCGAGUCGAAGACAUACUGGGAGGACUCGUCGUCGGAUCAGAUGAAGAGCAUGGCGGACGUUCAGCUGCGGGCUCUGAGUGGCUGA